AUGCGGGAGGAGUACUGUCCUCGUGACGAGAUUCAGAAGCUCGAGAACGAGUACUACAAUCUGAAGAUGGAGGGGUCCGAGAUCAAGGCUUACACGAAACGAUCUCAUGAGCUAGCAAACAUGUGCCCUAACUUGUCUCGACCCCCACCUCGAAGAAUUGAGUUGUAUAUCAAGGGCCUAGCACCAUCAGUAAAGAGUUUGGUCACUGCUGCAAAUCUUAACAACCUGCCUCAGAUCAUCCGUUUAGCACACAAGAUUACCGACCAAGAGGUCGAGCGUGGAUCGUUACCGCCUCGUGUUUCUGCUACUAUCCAUACUGCUACAGCUACCACACCUGCUAGUGAUAACAAGCGUAAAUGGAAUGAUGCUGACAAAGCGACCAGUGCGAGUCAAUCACAGAAAAGGCCAGACAACAGCAAUAAUCGCAACUUCAGCCAGUCCUCUUCUGUUAACCAGGGUCAGAGCAGCAAUCCGAGCCAAGGCUCCUACGUUGGUAGGAAGCCAAAGUGCAACAAGUGUGUUUAUCAUCAUCAUGGACCGGGUGUCCGAGCUUGCCAUAGGUGUGAUAAGGUGGGCCAUAUGGCAAAACACUGUAGAGCUCCGUAUCCAAAGCAACAGCAGCAGCAGAAUCAGCAGCAACAACAGCAGCAUCAGCAACAGCAGAGGCAACAGCCCCAUCAGAACCAAGAGUUCAGUCAACGAUUAGGGUUAACUCCAACACCUCUAGAAGCUAAGCAUGUAGUAGAAUUAGCAGAUGGUAAGACGAUUGAAGCUUCACAUGUCCUUUUUGGGUGUAAACUAGAUCUUGUGGGUCAAGUGUUUGACAUUGACCUCCUUCCUGUUACCCUCGGUAGUUUCGACAUAGUGGUUGGUAUGGACUGGUUGUCCAAGCACCGUGCUGACAUCCAUUGUAAAGAGAAAAUCGUACGUAUUCUUCUCCCUAGUGGAGAAUCUCUAUCGGUUCAAGGGCAUCGCAGUGGUGCGAUGGUUGGAGAAAAGAAGAUCGAAGACCUGCCAGUUGUUAGUGAAUUUGCUGAUGUGUUUCCUGAGGAACUUCCCGGUUUACCUCCUCACCGUCAGGUGGAAUUUCAUAUUGAUCUUACACCAGGAGCGGCCCCAAUUGCUCGAGCUCCUUAUCGCCUUGCACCUGGGGAGUUGCAAGAGUUAUCUAAUCAACUUCAAGAAGGCUGCACCAUGGUCAGUAGUGGCUGGCUGGUGACGGGUAAAGGUGGCUCCGGUGAUGAAGUUGUGGUUGUUGACGUUUAUGUGGGUGGUCUACAAUAG